AUGCCUGUAGUUGGCCAUCCCGGCGAGGCAGACCCCUCCAAAAAGGACAAGAAGGUAUCUUAUGCCAGUCUGCCUCACAAAGGUCAGCUCGCUAUACUAUGUCUCGCUCGAAUGGCCGAUCCACUGGCUCAGACCUCGAUCCAGUCGUACAUGUUCUAUCAGCUCAAAUUCUUUGACCCUUCCCUCUCCGACGCGGCCAUCUCAGCACAAGCAGGCUUCCUUGUCGGUGCCAAAACCGCGGCCCAAGUGUGUACGGGGAUGUUCUGGGGUCGACUUGCUGAUUCGGAAAGUGGAGGAAGGAAAGCAGUCCUCUUGAUCGGGCUCAUGAGCUGCUGCGUCUCGUAUCUCGGAUACGGCUUGUCAAGAAGCUUCAUCACGGCAGUUGUGUGGCAGGUGCUUGGAGGCUCGUUGAGUAGCAACGUUGCACUUACAAGAUGUGUCGUCGCGGAGCUCAAUCCAGAGAAGCGGUAUCGAGCCAGGGCUCUUCUCCUGCUUCCUCUGUUUGCAAAUGCAGGCAAUCUUCUGGGCCCACUGGUAGGGGGCUUUCUCAGCUCCAACGCCAGAGACGGGCCGAGUGAACGGUAUCCUUAUCUGCGGCCGAAUCUGUGUGUGUCGGCAGUGUACAUGGUCGCAGCCUUGGGGGUGCUCUUUGGACUGAACGAGACGCUCGAAAGCAUCCAGCAUUCCAACGAAUCGCGCCUCCGACGGAUCAUCGGGACAGUCAGCCAGUUCUUCUCGCGGAAGUCCCCUGACAACCCUCAUGCAUACACUCCAGUCAGGGGCGACGAUACAGCCACGCCACUCACACCGACAAGCGAGUCGGCUCCCGCCAUCCCCAAGCCGCCCAAGCGCAAGCGCAAGCUGGCAUUCCGCCGAAUCUGGACAUUCAACGUCGUUUGCACACUACUUUCGCACUUUAUCAUUGCCGGCCACCUGGGUACGUUUUCCAACUUGUGGGCGAUCUUCCUGAGCACGCCUGUCGGAGAUGCAAAGUCUCGGCACCCUCCCGUCGUGUUCAAUGGAGGCCUGGGCAUGCUACCACGGGACGUCGGUCUGGCCAUGGCGCUCCUCGGGGCCAUCGGGGUGGUGCUCCAGCUGGUGAUCUACCCAAUUCUCCAAGACCGGUUCGGCACCGUCCGGAUUUGGCGCACCGCUCUCCUCGUCUUCCCGGUUGUCUACCUGAUAGCGCCAUUCCCCUCGCUGGUGGCAUCAGCGCCCUCUCAAAGGGGGAAUACCAUCACAGCGGCUGUCUGGCUCGCCACCGGUGCCGUCAUCCUGCUGUUCAUCGUGGGCCGGACGGGCGUCACCCCGGCCACAACGCUGCUCAUCAAUGACUGCACUCCGCACCCUUCGGUCCGUGGCACCAUCCACACGGCUGGCACCGUCAUCGGAAAUCUCGGCCGCUCGCUGUUCCCCAUCGGCGCUCUAGCCAUCUUCGGCCAAGGGCUAAGGAUUGGUGUCGUCGGCCUGGGAUUCUGGUGUCUCAUGGCGCUUGCCGUGUUGGCGUACGUGACCAGUCUGUGGGUCACCGAGGGUUCGAAUGGGCUGGAGAUUGUGCUGGAUGACGACAGCGACGAGGACUGA